GGCCCAGGUCCCAUGAGGGUUCAUGGAACCUCUGGGCAGGGAGGUCCGGCCCUACAGGACCCUGGGGGACCCCAGUGGGUGGACCCCACUUGCAGCUGUUGGGGCACACUGACUGUGGACCCAUGGGGAGGGCAGCGCCCCCACUUCAGGGCUCCCCACUCCCCCCUCCCCCCUCCUCUGUUUCAAGGCUGGGUCCUGACCCCGCGCGCCUGGCCUGACAGCGCCCCCUCCCAACAGAGAACCAACGGAGGCGGAUCCGGGAGGCGGGACACCAGUGAGCUCAGAACCCGUAGGCCGGUGGGCCAGGCGCCGCCUCCGCAGACAGCGGCCUGGGUAGCGACAAGCUUUCGUCCCUGGCCCGGUAGUCUGCGCCAUCCCCGCGUCCCUCUCCGUGUCCCUUGGUCCCUGUGUCCCGAGUGUCCCCCGCUCUUAUGGAGCAGCUGCUGCGCGCGGAGCUGCGCACCGCGACCCUACGCGCCUUCGGGAGCCCGGGCGCUGGCUGCAUCAGCGAGGGACGCGCCUACGACACCGACGCGGGCCCCGUGUUUGUCAAGGUCAACCGCAGGACGCAGGCCCGGCAGAUGUUUGAGGGGGAGCUGGCGAGCCUGGAGGCCCUCCGGAGCACUGGCCUGGUGCGGGUGCCGCGGCCCAUCAAGGUGGUCGACCUGCCUGGAGGCGGGGCCGCCUUUGUGAUGGAGUAUCUGAAGAUGAGGGGCUUGAGCAGUCAGGCAGCAAAACUCGGGGACCAGGUGGCGGAAUUGCACCUGUAUAACCAGAAGCUCAGGGACAAGUGGAGGAAGGAGGAACACACAGUAGGUCGGAGGGCUGAGGGUGCCGGGCCCCAGCAUGUGACCAAAUUCGGCUUCCACACAGCGACAUGCUGUGGCUUCAUCCCACAGGGUUUGGGCACCUUCUGUGUGACCACCAGCUGUGGCACCAGCCUCCUUUUCCUUGUUGCCCAGGUGAACGAGUGGCAGGACGACUGGUCGACCUUCUUUGUCCGGCACCGGCUCCAAGCGCAGAUGGACCUCAUUGAGAAGGACUAUGGUGACCGGGAGGCACGAGAACUCUGGUCACAGCUCCAGGUGAAGAUCCCGGAUCUGUUCUGCGGCCUAGAGAUUGUCCCUGCCCUUCUUCACGGGGACCUCUGGUCAGGAAAUGUGGCUGAGGACGACGCGGGGCCCAUCAUUUAUGACCCAGCUUCCUUCUACGGCCAUUCUGAGUUUGAACUGGCAAUUGCCUUGAUGUUCGGGGGCUUCCCCAGAUCCUUCUUCACUGCCUACUACCAGAAGAUGCCCAAGGCGCCGGGCUUUGACAAGCGGCUGCUGGUCUAUCACCUCUUUAACUACUUAAACCACUGGAACCACUUCGGGAGGGAGUACAGGAGCCCGUCCCUGAGCACCAUGAGGAAGCUUGUUAAGUAGCAGCCCACCUGCCCACCUGCCUGCCCGGCAGAUAACUGGGGGCAGCACCGCCAGCAGCCGACUCGGGACUAAUAAACCAAUGGGGCUUCUGGGAUGGA